UGUUUUUAGUCAUGUAAUUGAGGACUGCAGGGUGGGAGAUGCAACAAUGUCCUUGAGAACAGCAGGAAGUGUGUUGGUGGUCUUUCUCUGGUCUGUAGCAGUGGUACUGAGUCAGAAUGGCUGGAGUGUUACAUACACCACUCAGAGUAUCUGUACCUUGAAGGGGUCAACAGUGGAGAUGUCCUGCUCUUACACAUAUCCCAGAGGUUAUAUCGUCACAACAACCUUCUGGUUCACCAAAAAGUAUAAUGUGGAGAAUUAUGUAAAUCUGAGAGACGACCCAGACUACAAAGGUCGUGUGACGUACCGUAGAGAUGGGAUGAAUGUCCACACCCUGAAAAUCACAGACCUGAGAGAGAGUGACUCAGCUAAGUACAAGUUCAGAUUUAUAACAGAUCAGACCACCAUCCCUGGAACAACUCUGACUGUCACAGGUCUGCAGGUGAAGGUGACUCCUGCCACUGUGACAGAGGGACAGCAGGUGACACUGACCUGUAGCACCACCUGUACUCUGAGUGACAACUCCAACCCCACCUACAUCUGGUACAAGAACGGACAUGUAACCAACCAAUCUACCAGUCUGAUCCUAAACCCAGUCAGCAGUGAGGAUGCAGGCAGAUACUCCUGUUCUGUAGAAGGACAUGAGGAUCUCCCCUCUGCUGAAGAGACUCUCACUGUCACAUAUGGCCCAAAGAACACCUCAGUGUCAGUCAGUCCCUCUGGUGAAAUAGUGGAGGGCAGUUCAGUGACUCUGACCUGCAGCAGUGAUGCCAACCCACCUGUGGACAAAUACACCUGGUACAAGAAGAACGUAACCUCACCAAAAGCAUCAGGACAGAGUUACAGCAUCACUAACAUCAUCUCUGAGGACAGAGGAGAAUACUACUGUGAGGCCCAGAAUACAAUAGCUUCUAAGAACUCUAUAGCUCAGAUGAUCAUUGUAACAGGGAAACAAACCUCAGUUCUGACUGCAGCUGUAGGAAUCACAGUGUUUAUUCUGGUUCUCAUCCUCUUUCUCCCUUGCUUCAUGUGGUUCAGGAGAUCCACGGGAGGAAGUGAUGUCACAGCAGACACACAGAGUGUCCAUCCUGAUCCUAACAGUGACACGUACACAGCACUGAACAUGAAGACCAGGUCACCAGAGUAUGACACCCUGGCAAAUGUGAGGGUCUCCUCUAGUGACACAGUCCCUCAGAUAGAUGCUGAGCCCUCAGAUUAUGAGAACUGUAGAGAACCACCACAUAACCUGGACUGAAGGGAACCACCACAGAACCUAGACUGAAGAGGACCACCACAGAACCUGGACUGAAGAGACUCACCACAGAACCUGGACUGAAUGGAACUACCACAUAACCUGGACUGAAGAGACUCACCACAGAACCUGGACUGAAGAGACUCACCACAGAACCUAGACUGAAGAGAACCACCACAGAACCUGGAUGAAGAGCUUCAGCACCAAACCAAAGCUAGGAUGUACACCUCUAUUCUCCUGCUAUCAUACUGCUAUCAUACUGCUAUCAUACUGCUAUCAUAUCUAGAAGACUUUCCAGAUAAUGAGCUUUAACAUUUAGAAAAUCAUGUCAUUAUUUUUAUUUUCUUGCAAAGUUAAGGAAAGGGAAACUCUCCUCUCAACCUUGUCUUAUCACUCCAUUCCUAGUCAAUUGUACAACUGAAUGCAUUCAACUGAAAUGUGUCUUCCGCAUUUAACCCAACCCCUCUGAAUCAGAGCGAUGCGGGAGGCUGCCAUAAUCGACAUCCUCAUCUUCGGUGCCCGGUGAACAAUGGGUUAACUGCCUUGCUCAGGGGAAGAACGACACAUUUUUGUAAUUAUGCUUAUUGGUGACAUGUCAAGAAGUGUUUCCUAAGCUUUAACUUCUGAGUAAAUGCUGGAGUUGAAUUCUCUUUCCUUGUAAUGAUAAUUGUGUAUAUUGAUGAGAAAUAAGAUAGAUUAUGCUUCUGCUCUUUUUCAAUGGGAUUUGACCAUUUGUAGAUUCUCUGUAACACAUAAAGCUUUUCUGUUUACUCUCUGUAGAUUCAUAUUAUGUUUCUGCUCUUUUUCAAUGAGAUUUGACCAUUUGUAGAUUCUCUGUAACACAUAAAGCUUUUCUGUUUACUCUCUGUA